AUGCAAGAAACGCUUUUGGCUUCCCAGACCACCAAGCUGUCAAGAAUUUUACUUCAACUAGACUGGGACAGUCAGUUAGAAACUGUCAUUAAGGACAGUCAGUUAGAAACUGUCAGUAAGGAGAGUCAGUUAGAAACUGUCAGUAAGGACAGUCAGUUAGAAACUGUCAGUAAGGACAGUCAGUUAGAAACUGUCAGUAAGGACAGUCAGUUAGAAACUGUCAUUAAGGACAGACAGUCAGAAACUGUCAGUAAGGACAGUCAGUUAGAAACUGUCAGUAAGGACAGUCAGUUAGAAACUGUCAGUGAGGACAGUCAGUUAGAAACUGUCAGUAAGGACAGUCAGUUAGAAACUGUCAGUGAGGACAGUCAGUUAGAAACUGUCAGUAAGGACAGUCAGUUAGAAACUGUCAGUGAGGACAGUCAGUUAGAAACUGUCAGUAAGGACAGUCAGUGA